AUGUCCAUUCCAUUCUCUGGCCAGGGCACUUUGAAGGGACUGGCUAAUCCAACGAAACAUACUCGCAAUGGGCGAUCCCGCGUCCGGAAGCGGCCGUUCCUCGUCUACCUGGCCACCACUGUCUCCAUUAUAGUUAUUUUGUUAUCAUUGGCAAUAUGCAGGGCUUUGCUCACCAGAGAUCGGCUGUCCGGCGCGACAUACCGCCGGCUGGCUGGUGGCGGGGGAGGUAUCGAUGAACAGGAACGUUACAUCAUAGAAGGUUGUUUAGACUUGGAGUCCGAUAUGGGGCUUCUGGAGCAAAGAGCGACUUCUAGGUCUACAACUGACGCAUCACACCGGCUAACGGAGUUAGUUUCAAUGCUAUCGGAGGCCGCCGCUGCGAAGGAAUCGGUAAAAGAACGUCGUCGUCGUGGAGGGGAGGCGCAUUCGAGGGAACAGUUGCUAGGGGACCAAAGUGGUUCUGAGCAUGAGGGUGGUGGUCAGGUGGGCCUGCAUACUUCUUCAAUGCAAGCAUUUGAAGGGCGAGGUGAAUUCACUGGUAGGGUAGCUGCACCUCUGGACCCCGACUCCUGGAUAGAAGCAAUCCCCAGCAUCCAAUCUCAGCCUGAAGACGAGGAAAGAAGGGAGGGUUUCUUGUUUACUAAUGAUGAGGGAGAGCCUGAACUGGCGGUUGCAUCCCCUUCAUCGAAGGCUGCGCAUACUGGGAUCCUCAAAAAUAUGCUUGUUGCUGCGAAGAUUCGAACUCAUCCGUAUGUUCGCCUGCCAGUGUUAGAGAGAGGUGUCACUCCUAGAUACGUUAGAGCUUCAUCUCUCUUUGAGAAACGGAUAAGGAGGUAUUCACCUCAUGCCUACCUGUGCACGAUGCGGAAGUUAUUUGCAAAGCAGGCACUGAACCAGAAGGACGUGCAUGCCCUGGUCAAAGCUGUUGAGGAGCUGGUAAACUUGGCAUGGCUCCGCAGUCAUAGAGGACCAAGGGGCCCCUCUCCCAUUCACAUUGUUGAAUCUUUAGGUAGUUAUUUUAUGGUGUUCGAUUCUCUCGUGUGUGCCGCUGAAAUUCUGGGGGAACAUAUGCAGCUUCAUCUAUGGUGGGAGAAAUUUGCAGCAAACUUUGAUGUCAAUCCCCUCCUGCCCGCUCCGGGGCCAACUCGAAAGGAAGUGGCGAAAUUUCACAAAUACUUGGUAAAACGGCUUGUGGCUGCCCUGGAAAUCUACAAAAGAGGAGAACGCCCACCCCUGCCGGAAGUUAUUGCGCUCAAAACUCUGCUGUUCUGCUCUCCACAAGGGCGCCAUCAAUUCAAAAAUCCGAAAUGGGAUCCCUGGCGAGACGAUGGAGACUGUCCUUAA